AUGUACUUUCUACGCGAUAUAUCCGAAGUGUUAGUGAUAUUCAGUGUCCUAGUUUACGCAUCUCAGGCGCAAGGCGUUAACGAUAAGAGAAGUCCGUGUGACAUAUUCGUUCAGGAUGGCAAUAAUCUAACGUUGAACUGUUCGAGACGCAACAUAGACAGGAUACCAACAUGGCCAGACAAAAUUAACAGUCUUGGUAAUAAGGAGAGCCAUGUGCUAAUAACCUUCUUCAACAACAGCAUAACGAACGUCACCCAGUUAGAAGCCGUCCCGGGCAACAGAAUCGCGAUCAGCUUCAAAGGGAACAAGAUAGUGGAGAUAGAGGAUGACGCGUUCAGACAUAUCGACCGAAUGGUCUAUUUAGAUCUCAGCAACAACUACAUUUCAGGUGAAGUAUUACGAAGCGAGAUCUUCCAAGGCCCUUACAACGACGGCAUCUACAGCGACAUAGGCUUGGAGACGUUGAACCUGGGCUUCAACGAGAUCCACUCCCUGGACAAGUACCUGUUCCAGCACACGCCGAAUCUGACGCGGCUCUACUUAAACAAUAACCCCAUAGAAAUUUUGGAUCAUGUGACGGUGUUGGCACUGUCAAGUGCUACUAAUCUCGAAGUUCUCGACCUCUCGAAGACAGACAUAGACAGCAUACCGCUAGAUGCAUUCAGGGGACUAAUAAAUUUACGUCAAAUCGACCUGUCUGGAAACUUCUUCCUGAAUGUGCCUGAGAGCCUUAGCCUCGUCGGCAGCAGUCUCCAAUAUCUCACGUUCAACAACAACCCAGUGAUUGAGUUGAACGAUGACAGUUUUGUGGGACUAUCUAACCUAGUAGAACUAGAGAUUGGUGAAAAUAAAUAUUUAGAAGAGGUUAAACGCAGCACUUUUACGCCACUGAAAACUCUACGAGUGCUUCAUUUGUGUCACAACAAAAAUUUGAGAUACAUCAGCCACAAUGCCUUCAGGGGAUUGAAAGACAGGUGGACUUUGAAAGAGGUAUAUCUGGACGACAAUAACUUGAGUGAGCUCUCGACUGAUUUGAUGCCAUGGAGCAAGUUAGAAGUGUUAGGAAUGACAGGCAAUAGCUGGCUCUGCAAUUGUGACUUGGCCAACAUCGUCACGAAACAGGAGGCCGGCAGCAAGUUCAGAACGGGGGAAAUACCAUUCUGUGCUGCACCAAUGAGACUGAACGGAGCCUACAUAACAAACAUUACAGUAUCUUUUUGUCCAACAUUUGAUACAACUUUUACACCUAAGCGUGGCUUUUCCUUAUCAGAUUUGAGACCUAAACACGUACUAUGGAGUAUAUUAGGAGUUGCAGCAGUCGUCGGAAUAGGAAUGAUCUGUGGUAUCAUUGUCAAUGCUGCUAAAGCCUUCUACAAGAAGAAAUUGAGCCAACCUAUUCGCUAUAUAAAUAUUAAUAAUUCAGAAGCGAGCUUCGCAUAA